AUGAGGCACAUGCUCGUGGCCGCCAGUCUGGUGGCUCUCUUGGCCUUCGUCAACGCCGAAGAAGCUAAGGCAGCAGAAAAAGAAGUGGCAGUGACCGACAACAAGGAAGUCGCGUCAGACGACAAGAAGCACGAAAAGAGAGGAGUGUUCGACAUCGGACUCGGCUAUGGACACGGUGGACACGGUGGAUUCGGUGGUAGCUUCGACGGCGGUUUCGGUGGCGGUUACGGAGGCGGCUACGGCGGUCAUGACACCCACUCCCACAAAACCAUCACUGUGGUGAAGAACGUCCCAGUCCCCUACCCAGUAGAGAAACACAUCCCCUACCCAGUAGAGAAGAAGGUUCCCGUGCCCGUCAAGGUGCACGUUCCCCAGCCCUACCCAGUCGUCAAGCACGUUCCUUACCCAGUCAAGGAGAUCGUGAAAGUACCAGUACAUGUACCUCAACCCUACCCAGUUGAAAAGAAGGUACCUUACCCCGUCCAUGUACCAGUAGACAGGCCCGUCCCCGUCAAGGUGUACGUACCUCAACCCUACCCCGUUGAGAAGAAGGUGCCAGUGCCCGUCAAGGUCCAUGUCCCAGCUCCUUACCCAGUAGAAAAAAAGGUGCCCUACCCAGUGAAGGUGCCCGUACAUGUCCCCGCUCCUUACCCAGUUUACAAGGAAGUGCCCUACCCAGUCAAGGUCCCCGUCGACAGGCCUUACCCAGUACAUAUCCCCAAGCCUGUGCCUUACCCAGUUGAGAAGCCCGUGCCCUACCCAGUAGAGAAGCCCGUUCCUUACCCAGUGAAGGUCCCCGUCGACCGCCCCGUGCCUGUGCACGUUGAGAAACCCGUGCCCUACCCCGUGAAGGUGCCAGUACCAGCGCCUUACCCCGUUGAGAAGCACAUCCCCUACCCCGUCGAGAAGCCCGUACCGUACCCCGUGAAAGUCCCCGUCGACAGGCCCUACCCUGUCCACAUCGAGAAACACGUGCCAGUCCACAUUGAGAAGCCCGUGCCUUACCCCGUGAAGGUACCAGUCCCCGUUGUUGUCGGUCACGGACAUGGCCACGAAUAUGGUCAUCAUGAUAGCUACUAA